UAGAGCUAGCCGCUGUCACUGCCCGGUUUUUUUUAAUACAUAUAUAUACAUAUAUAGACCCUUACGCAUGGUUUGUCACAUUUACCUAGUUGUAGUUGAUAAUAGAGUAAGACGAGCAUCAAAUUCAUAAAUCGUAACAACGAAACGAAAGUUCUACAAAAAUAACAAUAUGCAAACCCUAAUAUUGAUGCUUGCCGCCAAAGCGGUGCCACUUUUGGCGCUCAUUUUCGUGCUCGCCUUGCUGGUCUACAAAUGCUACAUAAAUGUGCGCUCACGCUUCGACAUAACGGUCAACUGUUGGUUCUGCAACAAGAACCUGCGCGUGCCGUUUACGCAGCGCAACAGCUGGACCUGCCCGGACUGCGAGCAGUAUAAUGGCUUCAACAAGGACGGCGACUACAAUCGCGACAUCUUGUCGCAGCGCGACUGCAGCAGCCGCACGGAUGCGAACAGCUCGCGGGGCAGCAGCAGCGCGACCAGAAAUGGCCACUGCGCCAAUGCAUACUAUGCGAACGGAUUGACGCCGCCGCAGGAGAACGGCCUGUGCGCCCAGUGCAACGAGGCGCAGCGCUUGAAGAUUGAGAAGCUGGCACAGUUUGAGCCGAAGCACGAGUCGCGCUUCGACCAGGAGCUAAAGGUCUAUCAAAACGAGCUGGAGCAAAGGUAUCGGCUAUGCGGCAGCUGUGAGCGGCACGUCAACAAGGUGCUGCAUGAGAAAAAGAAAAUGGUGCUGGGCUCCAAGUUUCUCAACUUCAUAAUGAAGGGCGCCGCAUUGCUGAAGCAGCCGCACUUCCAACGUCUCGCCCGCGCCCAGCAGCAGCGUCGCCUGGCGCGCUAUCAGCGCCUUAUGAAGUGGCUGACAUUGGUUAACAUACUGUGCCUGGUGUGCAGCCUGCCGACGGCCACGCCCGAGCAGUUCAGCUCCAUGCUGGGCAUACUGGCCAAGCCCUUCUUCUUUGUCUAUUCACAUGCGCUGACCAUGCUCCAUCUGCUGAUCGACUAUGCCGGCGAGUUGGUGAGGGAGCAGCCCCUUGCCGCCAAAUUGCUGCUGUUCGCCAACAUUCUCGGCAAGCUGAUGGUCUACUCGGUGGGCAUGAACCACACGCAGGCAGGCCAGGCGACAUUCAGCGUCUGCUACACCAGCGUCUAUCCGUACGCGAUGCUGGGACUCAGUUUUAUAAGCAACCUAAUUUAUGGAUUCAAACUGACACGCUACACCGUGCUGCUCGUCCUGUGGAGCAUCUAUGCCAAGGGCUCCUUUCUGCUCGUCGAGGCCAUCGAUGGCGUUACCUAUAUCCUGCUGGGCAGCGUGGUGACAAUGCUGCUGCUGAGCGCCAAGCAAAGCGAAAGCCUGGAGCAAAUGUCCGCUGGCGAGAGCUUCCAUCGGCUGUGCGCGGACGAGUGCAUCCACGACGAUGAAACGAUCAGCAUGCUGAGCCAGCAGCUGAACUGCAAUGCCAGCAAUGCUACCGACAACACCACCGCCAACAAUCUGUCGCUGCCUGGCUCCGGCUGUCAUAGUCCGCAGCUGCGCUCGCUGGCCGGCGGGCAGAGCAGCCAGAAUACGGCAGUUGGGUCGGCGGCGCUGCCGCCGCCAUCGGUGCUGUCCCUGGACUCGCUGCACCUGUCCACGCAGCAUACGCCCAUGAAUCGGAUGCUGGCCUCGCCGGCGCCCACCUAUCACGCCCCGUCGCCCAUGUAUGCGGCCGGCAGCUUGGACCAGCAGGCCUGGCGCAGCAGCUAUAACGCCGUGCAGCAACUGGAUGCAGUGAAUCUGGGCCAGAGUGGUGCCAACGGCUGGCAGCGUGCACAGUAUACGACGGGCCUGGAGCAGCGGCCGCAGUCGUCGUAUGGCUUUGGGCUCGAUCAGCGUCCGAUGACGCGCUCCACCAACAAUUUGCUGUUCCCGCCGCGCCUCCAGCUGCAGCAGCAGCAGCAGCAGCAGCGCAAUGGCGACAUUAGCGCCUGGGUGAAUGCUGCCAGCGCCAAUGCGCAUCCGGACCUACUGCAGGAACCGAGCACGGCCAAUUUGAUGCACUGCAGCUACAAUCGCGAUCUGUCGCGCACCUCCUCGCAAUCGUCCGGCUUCGAGUCGCAGCUGGGCAACAACAAUCCGGCGGCACGUCCGGAUGUGCCAAUGCCGCAACCCUUUUGGCCCCUUCCAGCGGCGCCACAAGAGCUGCUGCAGCAGCCGCCACAGCCGCAGGCACAAUUCCAGCCGCUGAAUCCGGGUGUCAUGCGCGAUUUUUGCUGGUCGGAGCAGCGUCAGGUACGCGUGCCCCAACCGCUUGGCUCGCCGUACGCAGUCCAGAGCGAGCUUGGACGCAGUGCAGCCGCCAAGAGCCAGAACGAUUAUCGUCCCGGCGACCUGCUGCGCAACUGGAUGGACCGCAACGGAGUCGCCACGCAAAAGACCAGCGGCUGAUUCGGUUUUGGAUCGAUUUCAAUUUAGUUUUCGUUCUAGUUCUAGUUUACGUUUAUUUCGCAUAGUUAAAUUUUAACGGUAUCAUUUCAUGGGUUCAACAAUAAACACACACACACACACACACACACACGCACACACAUACACGGAAACGAACUAAACAAAUUGAAACAAAUUACUAUCCUAUAUCGACUCAGGCAUUUAUGACGCUAUAUGAUAUUAUAAAUUAACUAUAUAGGCUAUUUCUAGGCAUCGUAUAAAGUCAAAGAUAUCUUUUAAAAAUAUGCCAUAUAUAUAUAUAUAUAUAUAUAUGACAUGGUAGAGGGCGUUACUUAAAGUUUAUCCGAAAAGAAAAUUUAUAUAUAUAUAUUUUUAUGCCGAACUUGUUGAGCACUUAUCAUCGCAUGUUUUUCAAAGAUAUCUUUAGGAACUAUGAAAAUAUAUGCAAUUAUGUAUGAGACAUUAGUUAGUUAUUUAUUAUAGUCAGGACAUUGUUAAACUAUCGAGAUAUAUAUGUAACUAGAUUUGAAUGAAUUUUUGAAUGACAUUAAAUUUAAAUAUAUGCAUUUA